AUUCUUUCUUAAGUUUUCAUUUCUUAAAUUAUUUUUAUUUUGUAUAAAUAUUUAAAGAUGCCGUCAAGGAAUGAUAACGCCACCGUUACUACCUUAAAGUCGCUCCCUAAUUUCGAAAUUGAGAAACUUAGGCAUCUUUUUACUGUCCAUGAGGAGCUUGGAAUUGACCCUGAAAAGAUUAAAAAACCGCUACUAGAACUUAUUAAACAGAAUCAUAUGUAUCCUUAUUAUGAGCGUAUAAAGCCUAAGCUUGGUAUAAUUGAGGAUGAUUUUGAGAUCGAGAGUUUUAAGGAGUUGAACUCAAAGACCCUUGCCGAAUUAGAUGAGAAAAUUGAAUUCGCCGAGAAGAACUUCGGCUCCUCUGAAAUUAAAGAUUCGAUCCUAGAUAAGGGCAAUUACUACUUCAAAAUCGGUGAUCACGAGAACACGGUGAAAGUGUAUGAGCAGGCUUUGGAGAAAACGGUUGGAAUUAACAGUAAACUUGAGAUAAUGCUCACGAUUUUAAGGGCAGCGUUCUUUUUCAAUGAUCUUCCACUACUCGUUAAAUACAUGGAAAAAGCCAAACAAGAUAUUGAGAAAGGAGGUGAUUGGGAACUUAGAAAUCGAUUACACAUAUAUGAAGCUGUCCAAUUAAUGCUAUGUAGAAAGUUCAAAGAAGCUACUGAACUCUUUCUCGACUCUCUUUCCACUUUCACGGCCACUGAAUUAAUCUCACUUGAAGAACUUGUUCUCUACUCCAUUGUUCUCUCAUUGAUAACGAUGGACCGUAACGUGAUAAGUAAGAAGGUAUUAUUAUCUAGUGAAGUGGCACAAGUAGCUUCCCCAGGGUCUUGUCUGUACCAGCUCAUCAGUGAUUACUACAACUGUAACUAUAAAAACUACAUGAAACAUCUGGUUGACGUGAGUAAAUUGAUAUUGAAGGACCGUUAUCUGGGACGGCACUGCAGAUAUUUUGUACGUCAGGCUAGACUACCCGCCUAUAAACAAUUUUUAAGACCCUAUAAAUCCGUCACCUUAAAAAACAUGGCAGACGCAUUCCAAGUUUCAACCGAAUUCAUCGAAGAAGAAUUGGUGUCGUAUAUAAGUGGGAUGAGAUUGGAUUGUAAGAUAGAUAAGGUGAAUGGUAUAAUUGAGAAUAACGUCGGUGAUGAGAGGAAUAAUAAUUACGUCAAGACCAUAAAACAGGGCGACCUCCUGAUUAAUCGGAUCCAAAAACUAUCCAGAAUCAUCGACAUGUAAUUAAUGUUUUACUCUACU